GAUUCAGUGCUGCUGGUGCUCGAUGCGAAGUGAGUGCGCGUGCGACAGUGCAGCACAAGUGCUUUGAAUGCUCGUACCCGUAUGUAGCCUGUUUUCGCUCAUCAGUUUGUUUUCGGCAAAACGUUCUCGCCAUCGUGCCCAAAUCGUGGAGGACAAAAUUGAGGAUUAAUUUACGCGACGCGAUUACGGGAAAACGGAAACGCUCGCGCACCGCUAUCCCGCAGAGUUGAAUAUCGAUAACGAUAUAUUUUUUGCGAGCGAGAAGAGAAAAGCUCGAGCACUACUGCUAAUAAACAACACGAGGGGUGACGAGGACUUUGCGAGUAAACGGGUGACGGGUGUGACGGUGUAUCAUUUUCCGGAACGACAACGAGGUGGCUCACGGUGGUGGCCAGCCCGUGGAUAAAGGGCGAGGGAAAUGGGCCGCUCCGAGUUUAAUACGUGAUACGAGGUGCGUGAGCGCGCGCCCGCGCGCGCGCGCGCUCCCUUCCGUAAGCUACGCGUGUGUAUGUGACAUGCGUGUCAAAUCCUCGACGUCGUCCUCGUCCUCGUCCUCGUCCUCGUCCUCGUCGCUUCGUCGUCUUCUCCGUUGUGCCGUAUACGGUUCCCCGUUGUGUAUUACUCGUUGUAUAUGCAUACGCCGCUUGCGUGAAUGAAAGAAAAAGAAAAUUGCUGAUCACCCCAAGAUUGACGAGCGCCCUUCGACUCGACGUUAACGUCGAAAGCAAAGAGGUAGCGGCAAAGGAGUUUCUUGUGAAAAGGAACUUAAAUUACGCGGCGCGAUAUGACGAUGACAACAGAUGGUGUCGUCACGACGGCGAUGACGACGGCGACGACUACGAUAAUAACGACGAUGACGAGGACAGCGUGGUCGUUGUCGUCGCCGUUGUCGUCGUCGUCACCGUCGUCGUUGGCAAGUGCGGCCACGCCGUUGCGCCGCCUACUCGCGACGACGCUGCCGCUACUACUGCUGCUGCUGUCAACGCAUCCGGGUCCGGUCGCGGCUUCCUGUCGGUGGACUAAUGAGGCUGGUAACGACACUCGUUCGGCGGACUGUGCCCUUCGUGUGCUGGACCCCACGGCGAUCGUCGCUCUAGCGCCGUCAUUGGACGGCGCGCUCAGAUUGCGAAUUCGUUGCAGCGACGUACAUCAUUUCGAGAGUAGUCUGAACGCGCAGAGCUGGCAGCGACUCGCUGGCCUGCACGAAUUGCAUGUCCACGGUUGCAAAGUAUUACGGAUACCAAACGGUGCAUUUCAGCCUCUACUCGAGCUCAAGCGACUCGUCGUACAAACCUUUAAUGCUGCUUGGGGAGCCGCUAGAUAUUUAGAGUUCGCGCCACGUUCUCUUCUAGGUCUUCGCGAACUUCAUACUCUCGAAAUUGUCGAAAGUAAUGUGCUAGCGUUGCCACCCAGUCUACUUUGCGAAUUGGAUAACUUGCAGACUCUCAAUCUCACCGGUAAUCGUAUUCGCGAUGUCGGUGACAUCGGUCUAAAAGUGCGCGGUAUUGACGCCGAGUCCUGCCGCGCCGACGUCCGGAUUUUGGAUCUAUCGCGCAACGAGCUCCAACGUCUGUCCGAGGACGGGCCGCUGUUGAGCCUACGACAAUUGCAAGAGCUGCACUUGCAACGGAACGUGAUCGCCGAGAUCGGCAAAAACACCCUGGAUGGACUUACAGUGCUGCGGACCUUCAACGCCAGCCACAAUAUCCUAGACUCCUUGCCUGAGGGUCUGUUCGCCAGCACGCGUGACCUGCGAGAAAUACACCUGGCGCACAAUGGACUACGCGACUUGCCGCGGGGCGUUUUUACUCGUCUCGAGCAGCUAUUAGUUUUAAAUCUUGCCAACAAUCGCCUCGGCAGCGAUCGCGUCGACGAGACUACUUUUCUCGGCCUAAUUCGCCUCAUUGUGCUCGAUUUGUCGUACAAUCAACUGACGCACAUCGACGCCCGUAUGUUCAAGGACCUGUUCUUCUUGCAAAUCCUCGAUCUACGCAACAAUUCGAUUGAUCGUAUCGAAAGCAACGCCUUUCUGCCGCUCUACAAUCUGCACACGCUCGAGUUGUCCGACAACAAACUACACACCGUGGGAGCGCAGCUUUUUAACGGUCUCUUCGUUCUAAAUCGGCUGACCAUGUCGGGGAAUUCAAUCACGAACAUCGACACCGUCGCGUUUCGCAAUUGUUCCGAUCUCAAGGAAUUGGAUUUAAGCGGUAACGAGCUUACUGCUGUCCCGGACGCAUUACGCGAUCUCACCUUCCUCAAGACUCUGGACUUAGGUGAGAACCGGAUCAACGAGUUUCACAACGGCUCUUUUCGCAAUCUCCACCAACUCACCGGUCUCCGUUUGAUCGGUAACGACAUUGGCAAUCUAACGCGCGGCAUGCUUUGGGAUCUGCCGAAUUUGCAGAUCCUCAAUCUGGCCCGUAACAAGGUGCAACACGUGGAGAGGCAUGCGUUUGAACGUAACAUUAAACUCGAGGCUAUUCGACUCGAUGGCAAUUUUCUAUCGGACAUCAACGGGGUAUUCACCAGUAUCACUAGCCUGCUGCUGUUAAAUUUAUCGGAAAAUCACAUAGAAUGGUUUGAUUAUGCUUUCAUACCGGGCAAUCUCAAGUGGCUUGACAUUCACGGCAAUUUUAUCGAGAGCCUCGGUAAUUAUUACAAGAUUCGCGAUUCCAAGGUCCGAACACUAGAUGCCAGUCAUAAUCGUAUUACCGAACUUUCGCCGUUAUCCGUGCCGGACAGCGUUGAAUUAUUAUUUAUCAACAAUAAUUACAUUAGUAUUGUACGGCCCAAUACGUUUGCCGACAAAGUGAAUCUCACCCGGGUGGAUAUGUAUGCCAACAUGAUCGAGACGAUGGAAUUGACAUCGUUGCUGCUGACCAAGGUGCCGGAGAAUAAACCCUUGCCAGAGUUCUACAUCGGAGGCAAUCCGUUCAAUUGUAACUGCUCGAUGGACUGGCUGCCAGCCAUCAACAAUCAGACUUCGACGAGGGAGUAUCCGCGUGUCAUGGACCUCGACAACGCUAUGUGUCGUACUUCCGGGCCGCGGGGAGUCGCCAUUAUACCAGCCUCGAGCGCUCGCUCGGAGCAAUUUCUCUGCCGCUACGAGGCACACUGCUUUGCUCUGUGUCACUGCUGCGAUUUUGACGCCUGCGACUGCGAGAUGACCUGUCCAGCCGGUUGCAAGUGCUACAACGAUCGCACGUGGAACACGAACGCGGUCGAUUGCUCAGGUCUCGGAGUCGAGGAAAUUCCACGUAGGAUACCGAUGGACGCCACUGAAGUAUACCUAGAUGGCAAUGUAUUACGAGAGUUGCAAAAUCACGCGUUCAUCGGUCGCAAGAACAUGCGCGUGCUAUACGUAAACGCCAGUGGCAUCGAAUCCAUCCAGAAUCGUACAUUCAACGGUCUCAACAACUUGCAAAUUCUCCAUCUCGAAGAUAAUCGGAUACGCGAGCUCAAAGGCUUCGAGUUUGAGCGAUUGUCACACUUGCGCGAGCUCUAUUUGCAAAACAAUGCGAUCGGCUUUAUCGGAAAUCUUACGUUUCUGCCUCUUCGAUCGCUUGAGAUCCUCAGAUUGCACGGCAAUCGAUUGGUGACCUUUCCCGUAUGGCAGGUCACUCUCAACACCCGAUUGGUCGAGCUGUCAUUAGGCGGCAACCCAUGGUCUUGCCGUUGCAAGUUUCUGCAAGAGUUGUCCUCCUGGGUGUCGGACAAUGCGCAUAAAGUCAUCGAUGCCAGCGAUGUAUGGUGUUACUAUGGCGGCGAUGCCAGACAAACGGCCUAUCGACGUCGUCUCAACGUUAAUGAGACCGCUUGUUCGGACUACUUCUCUCAGGGCGGUGUAAUCGAGAGUAUCAUGGUGUCGGACUAUCUGCCUUUGGUGGCUGCCACUCUUUCGGCUGUUCUCGUUCUUUUAGUGAUCAUAGUACUUGCCUUCGUGUUUCGUGAACCUGUCGGUGCCUGGGCAUACUCCAAGUACGGAUUGCGUUUCUUGCGCGCCAAACCUGGCAAGACUGUCGUGACAACAGCGGGGCUGAGUUCCGCGGCUGCUAUGGCUGCGGGCUGCUGCGACGCCGAUCGCGAUCGAGUGUACGAUUGCUACGUUUGUUACAGUCCGAAUGACGAAGACUUUGUGGUGCGAUCGUUGGCAGUUGAGCUGGAACACGGCUCCGCCAAUCUGAGACUCUGUCUCCAUCACCGAGACUUGCCUUGCAUUCUGCGUGCUUCCGCGCCCGCCCCCGCGGUCCUCGAGGCAGUAGACGCAUCCCGACGUGUGUUGAUCGUACUGACUCGUGACUUCCUUCAGACCGAAUGGUCGCGUUUCGAGUUUCGCGCGGCAUUGCACGAGGCUUUGCGCGGCCGUGCCUCUCAGCUGAUCAUUGUACAGGCCGGUCACGUCGGCAUUGAGAUCGAACGCGAUCCUGAAUUACGACCUUACCUGAGAAGUGCGGCACUCAUACUUACAUGGGGUGAGAAAAGAUUUUGGGAACGAUUGAGGUAUGCCAUACCGCCGUCCACGACCGCCGCCAUUAUCGCCGCUAAUACAACUACUGUCACUGCUGUCACCGCUGGUGAUGUAUCCGUUGAAAGCAAAUCCUCGCCGUUGGUUUACAAACGUAACAUCAACACCUAUACACUCGAUGGCGGUAUCGGCAGCCUCGAGAAGAGUGGCGUUUCGACUUUGCGCGGCGGUCAACGCGCCGCGCUCUUCAAGGACGCCUCUUCAGCGCUGAUGCUGCAACACGCACCACCCGCUUACUCGUGCGGUGCCCCGCUUUCUCCCAUAUUAUCGCAACAACAACAACAGCAGCCUCCACCGCAGCCGCUUUUGUCGUCGCCGGCGCAACCUAGGCUGACAGUCAAUCACACUUAUCGAGACGCGGUGCCGGCCGGUAAUCUCAUCGCGACUGCUACUGCUACAUCUAAUACCGGUAUCGGCGAAGACCAUAGGAGACCACUAUCCGAGCAUAUAUACUCGUCCAUCGACUCGGACUAUUCCACCCUGGAGAGGACCGCCUGGAGGCAGCAGCAACCGCCGCCAUCGCCACCCCCACCUUCCUCCGGACAGGCCUAUUUAGUUUAGCUUUGUCAUCGUAUCGCCAAUUUGACCGCCAUAACGAUGAGGCAGUCGUUAUAGCUUGUUCUCGAAAGGUUGUGCUAAAUCUUGCGCUCGUGAUUCGAUCGUGGCAUUGUUAUCGCGACUUCAAUCAUCGAUCUGCGAUUUCAGACAGACUAUGAAUUCUCGAAGACGCUGGGCGCGUAUCGAGCCACAAAUCCCCGCGAGACGCGUGUAUAUAGCUUAGAAACAUUGUCGCGAAGGGAGAGGGACAGAGUGUCUACGUAUCGUAAUUAUCUGUGAAGACUUUGGAAGUGUGAUAACGAAUCGCCCAUUUAUUUAUUUGACGUUUAUUUGUUUAAUACGCGACAACUUUUAUUCUUUUCUGUCACCGUAAUGUGAUUGACGCAUUUUUCUUCUGGCUCUUUCUGUUUUUUCUUUUUUUUUUGUUACUUCUUCCUCUGUCUUCCUUCGCUCUGUUUAACGUAAUAAAAUCUCCCACGCCUACGUGCAUCCUCGGAAUAAUUGCGAAUUUCGAAAUGACAUCUCAUAUAAUUAAUUUUUUCAUAACAAAAAUGUUGAUAUAACUUGUAAGUUAUAUAAUACAAUUAUAUUCUAUUGUGAAUUGAAAAUUUCUUUGAAUUAAAAGCGUAAAAUGAGGAAAGGUUCAAUGAGUGCCGCAGUUCAAUUUCUUAUCUCGUAUUUAUUUUGAUAUGUCAUUUCUCUUUUAUAUUAUUAUUAUAUUAUUAUACUUAAUUUAUUUUGAACGAUCACUUAAGAUAAACAAUCUUUUGUUCUUCUCUAUUUGACAUAGAAUAUUAAAAAUGAAAUUUGUAAUUUUUCUAAGACUACAGAUCAAUUUGAAAUUUAUAUGGAUAAAGAUAAAACGUUAAUUAUAAAACCAAAAAUGGAGACAUCUUGUUUAUCAUAUUCGAUGACUUUUCAGCAAGCGAUAGAGCGCGAGUGCGCGCAAAAAUCUCAUCUAGCGUGAUCGUGUAUUAUAUAAAUCAUCAAGCUGUCCCUUUCGCGGUGGAUUUCACUCUCGUGUGUAAAUACUUACUUCUACUUACCGAAGUGUAAAUACGCUACUAUGCAAUGUACAUCUGUAUAUAUAAUGUACGUACAAUGUACAUUGAGUGUGUGUGUGUGUGUAAAUACAUACAUGUAAUACUGGCAUGUGUCACAUUUCGCAGCGUAAUAGGAUCAUGAUGCUAGCUUGGAUUCUGAAUUUUCGAUUAAAUGAAUGACUUUUUGUAAUUUUAUAUGUCCGCGAAAGAAAAAUGAGAAAAAGUAAUGUUGUACGAUAUGUAAAUAUGUAUAUUGAAUACACACCCUUUAUUGCUGCGCCUCGUGUAAGAUACUGUUUCUCGCGUGAAAGAGAGGGUCAGGAAUAAAAGAGUGAGAAAGAAAAGCGAGAGCCAUGCGCCCCGCGAUCCAUCGAGAGCAGAGCGUGCAAACAUUUGCGCAUGUGUCGUGAAACUCUCUUAACUGUAUACUUGAUUUAUUUAAACCAUGUGAAUAAAUUUAUAAAAUACGUUA